AGGCAAUACUGGUCGCAGCUGCAUUUUCCACUGCCAGGUGGCAACGCUUCUGCCAGACAUCGAUGCCAGGCAUUUAUAGUCAACGGCGAGGCUAAAAUUAACAAUUGGCUGUCAAAAGCAAGCAAAGAAAAACUCGGGAAAUUGUUAAUUAAAAUCGUGACCCACAUCAGCCCACUCAGCCCCCAAACUCAGCGAUGACGUGGAAGAAGCAGCUGGCGGUGCUGGCAAAGCCCUACUACUGGGUGAACAUCCUGCUGGCCAUCUCGUAUCUGUUGGCCAAAAAGACUCAGUUCAUCUGCAUCCGUCUGUUCAAUCUCGCCGGAGAGGAUGAGGAAUGCGAUUUGGACAGUCGCGAGGUGGAGAUCCUGUUCUUCCUGCUAAUCGUGGUGAUGAUACGGUCACGCAAGACGGGCAGCAUCACCAUGAUCAACUACUUGGCCUCCUCGUUCCUCUACACUAAAGUGGCCAAUGCGAUUCUGUGGGCCUACGCGGAUUUCCGUUACGGCCUGGGAUUCCUGCUGCUCUGCGUCCUUGUGGGCAUGAUAUUGCCGGAACCCUCAUAUCGCGGUCCCGAGCACAUAACCUACUUCCGCAACGCUCAGGUCUUCGAGGAGGAACUCGCUCGGGAUAAGCGCACCACCUGGCUGAUAUGCUUCUACACCGUGUGGAACCCGAGCUGUGUUAACUUUGCCCCUGUCUUCGCCGAACUCUCUGCGGAGUAUAACUCGGACCACCUCAAGUUCGGCAAGAUCGAUAUCGGACGUUUUCCGGACGUCGCCCAGAAGUACCGCAUCAUGGACAGCAGCUUCUCGAAGCAAUUGCCCACCGUGAUCCUGUUCCAACAGGGCAAGGAGACAGACCGCAGGCCCUGCAUUGACUCUAAGGGCAAGCUGCAAAAGUUCUUCUUCUCCAGCGACAAUGUGCGAGCCACCUUCGGUCUGAAUCAGCUCUACAAGGAGGCUGUGGAGCGAUUGCCCGCCGCGCCCAAGGAGACUAAGAAGGUCCAGUAGGCUAGCUGUUCCCACCCGCCAACCGCCAUCUCAUUUCUGCGUGCACGUGCUAAUAUCUGUUAUUCGUUUAGUUGAUAGUUUUAUUUUAACUUAUUGAGGCGGCCGCAACCUCAACUGCCAUCGCCGGAGACACGUACAAUUGUACAGAUAAUUGCAGCCUAUUCUAAACGCAAACGUGGCCUAGUCGCGUCGCCAUUGUAGAAGUAAUUUGUGUGAACUUGCAUUUGCGUAUUUAAAUUGUAGCUAAUUAUCAAGUACCAAAUAUAUUUUAAAAAUGUGGAAUGAGUCAACGAA